CAGAGACUCACGUCCCUCCGCGUGAGGAGACACGAGAAAUCCUUCCGAGCUGGGAGGCGUUUGGCAGUCCACCUCCAACGAAAUGCAGUUUCUUUCUCGUCUUUUUUUCCGUCGCUUUCUUCUCCACGCCUUUUCUUUCUCCAUUUUUCUCUAGCAAGACCAGCGGGAACGGAGACACCCCCGUGUGCCGCAGCUUUCCAGUGUAUGCGUCUGGGUUUUUUUUCGCCAUGGCAAAAGCGUGAGCGAUUCAGAAAAAGAUUUUUUCCGCCGGAGAGUCUCUCCUCCUUUUUCCUUUUUUGUUUCCUGGGGUUCUCCAGGCUAGGGACUCCUUCCUGUCUCGCUGCUCUCUCUGCCGCCCCCCCCCCUUCCCCCCACGGCUUCUCUCAGCUGAAGUCGCUGCAUCUGCAAGCCGCUAUACGCGUGUCUUCUCACUUGUUCACAACGGCGGCCAUUCUGACAGUUCGAGACGGAGGAGGUUCGGAAGAAAAAAAGAGAACGGAAAUACAACGAAGUCUCCCGCCGGCCCUGUCCUCCACUGACCUCGCCGGCCGCGGACCGCCUUUCCAACUCUCUGUCUUCUUCCCUGUUUCUUGCGCCAUUUCUUCUCCUCUUGUUCCCUCUCUUUCUUCCUUUUCUCCAUUCUUACUUCUUUCUCCCCCUCUUCCUCACGUUCUCUCCGUUUUUUCUCCCUGACAAUGUCUGCGUCACCUUGUUCCAUUCCCUCCCUCCGGGAGAAGUCGAACGCUUCGUCGACCUCGCGUUCGCCGACUCCUCCUUCGCCUGCGAAGCGGAGUUCGCUGUCGCAUCUCUCGCCUACUUCGAAGAAGAAAGUUUCUUCGCGGCAAUGUGGCGUCCCUGACAACGAUCGAAUGGGGAAACACAGCCUCUCGAACGCCCGCGCUUCAAUGGGCAAAGUCCGACAGCCGGUCGGCCCGGGGAAUCCGUCGAGCAUCCCCUCUCCAGUCUCGAAGAAAGUGAAAGAAACUCCCAAACAGACAAGUGUGGGCGGCGAGUCGGACGCGAAACGCGCGACACUCGCCUCCCCGCGGCGGCCGCUUUUCUCGGGUGUACAUACAGCCCAGUCUGGGGCGGAGAAGAACGCGCCGAAGAGCGCCGCCUCGCUCUCGUCUUCCGCUUCUUCUUCGUGGAGCAAGGGUGAAUUUCGGGAGAAUGAAGCGAGACGAGAAGAGCGUUCAGGCACUCCUCGGGCGCCUCUCCAGGCAGCGCGGAACCAGUUCUCUCCGAAGAGCGAGAAGAAGUGUACGUCGAACUCGCCGCUUGAGCAGAGGGCGGCCGUGACGAAGCCUGGCGCCCUCUCAGUCUCGGCGCUGCGAGAGACAAGCAAGAGCGGGGGGGACGAGGACGCCCGCGGCGAUGCUAAGAGUACCCUCCGCGCGUCCUCCGGGAACCUGGAGAAGGACGAAAAGAAGGCGACGAUGCAUGCGCCGUCCGCGUCGAAGAACAGAGACGCUGCCCCAGGCGGGGGCAAUCGACAGGCGAAGAGUCGAGCUUUGAGUCUCAAGGACAGCCCCGCCUCCUCGACCUGCGGAUCCGAGAACCUCAAAGGCGCAAACGGGAGAACAAGAACCAGUGGAGGUCCUCGGCCUGCGCUCUCCAGACGUCCAGUCGCCGCUGUCUCUCGCGAGCCGAUUACACACUUGAGUCUCCCGCGGAUCGCAGAGAUCGCCGCGAGUGGACAGACGCCCCAAACGCCGGCGCUGGAGAAGCCGGCAGAGGUGCCAGGCACCAACAGCGCCGAGGCGCCGAAGGAGCGAGAGAAUGCCUCAGCGGCUUCUUCGUCAUCUGCUUCUGGGCUGGACAUGGCGGCGAUCUCUGCGUUGGAUCUGAGUGAGCGAGAAGCAGAGGAAGUCGCCGAUCUCUCGUGCUACAAGAGCCUGAAGAGGCUGGACGUCAGUGGAAACAGACUCGCAGACGGCCUCGGCUUCCUCGCUAUGAACCUUCAGCUGCGGUGGCUCAAGGCUGCGCGGAGUCUCCUCGAGGGCGGAGACGUCUUGAGAUGCGCUCUGAUGAAUCUCUCCAACCUCGUCGUCCUCGACCUCAGCAGCAACCAAAUCACCCGCCUGGACGCCUUUGCGCCGCUGAAGGCUCUCAAGACGCUCGUCCUCAGUGAAAAUCAAAUCCAGCGCGUCUCCUUCGCGGCGUCUCCACUCAACUCCCUCGAGUGUCUCAUCUUAUCUCGAAAUAAAAUUCAAGAAAUCGAGAAACCUCCGAGUCCCCUCACGCAUCUGAAGAAGCUGUCGCUGUCCGACAACCGUCUCAAGACCUUUCCGUUCUGCGGGCAGUUCCCUGCGCUGCUCGAACUGCGCCUGAACGGGAACAGCCUCCUGUCGGUGGGCUCAGGCGUCACGUGCAUGUCGGAGCUGAAAAUCCUCGACCUCGGCAGAAACCAGCUGCAUCGAAUCGAGGGCGUGAAGGCGCUGGCUGGUCACUUGAAACUGAAUCAGUUGAACAUCCUCGGCAACCCGCUGAUGAGCGUCGCAUCGAUUCUGAACGAAGUCGAGGAGCAGGUGGUGGCCUCUCUGCCGAACUUGAAAAUUUUCAAUUCGAAGCCGCUGCAGCCGCGCCGCGAAAAUCCCCGCAAGCUUCUGUGGAAGCAGCGCCAAGAGGCCGCGAGACUCGCGAGACAAAAGAGCGAGAACAAGGGAGAGAACAAAGGCGAGAACAAGAGAGAGAACAAGGGAGAGAACAAGAGAGAGAACAAAGGCGAGAACAAGGGAGAGAACAAGAGAGAGAACAAGGGAGAGAACAAAGGCGAGAACAAGAGGGAGAACAAGAGAGAGAACAAGGGAGAGAACAAGAGAGAGAACAAGGGUGAGAACAAAGGCGAGGAGACACGUGGAGACAGUUCGGCGGGCUCGCGCGGCUUAAGCAAAUUUGUGAAGAAUUUCCAAACUUCAUGCGGAGAAGAAAAACGUGCGAAGGCCGAGAAGCAGCACAUGUCCUUCAAGCGUCCUGCGCCGAGUGUCGAGUCUGUCUCGCCGAAAAAGAAGAAAGUUUAGAAUUUUUUCAAGAACUGGGAGAGAACUGGGAGAGGAACGCAGGGUAGAGAAGAUGGGAGAGACGUCGGUGAAGAGUCUGUGCAUGCAAAAUGUUUUUGGGAAGGCGUAGAGUGUCUCUGCAAAGAGAGAGAAGACGCGAACAGGGGCAACGCGAGUCGCUCGUGGUUCUCGCAGAUGAUCCUGGAGUUUCUAGGUCGGCGGCAAAGCAAGAAGAGGAGAAAACGGAAGUCACAGAAGCGGAUGGAGAACGAGCAAAGAACGAAGUUAAAAAAGUAGACUGUCGCUGAUCGUGUGUCGACUGACUUCCAGACGAGUGCCGAGAAAGUCUCGAAGCCGCAAGUCCUCAUCAAGGGUGUGUGUUUUUCUUCUCUCUUGCGACUUUUUCUUUCGCUUCUUUUCUCGCCGAACGAAGGAAUGGAGAGGGAAGCGCUUUCUUCUCUCUUUCUAUUUUUCAUCUGUCACCAGGGCUCCAGUUGCUCUUUCAAGUUCUCUUUCGUCGACAGGCGAAUGUUUUCGUGAAGAAGAGACCGAGGCGCGUCGCGUUGAGGCAGAGAAAACCCACAGGGGGAUUUCAACGACGCUGCGAAUCCUUGCUCUCCCUGCGGCUUUUGAACUGGCUCAAUCUGUCUUCUUCUGCUCUUCAUCUCGUUGCGUCGUCGCUCUGUUGCCGAUUAUCCUUUCUCUUUCUCCUCUCCUUCCUCUCUCAUUUCUCCUUCUCUCCUCUCCCCCAUCUUUCUCUCUGUGUACUCUCUUUCCCCCUGCUUUCUCUCCUCUCCCUUCGCUUCCUCGCCUCUCUCUUUUCUUUCUCCCUGGGCUCCGGUGUCCGCGCUCUGCUGCGGUUUGUCGACAGUGCCGAGCCUUUCUGAGAACAGUCGCCGACCUUGAGAGGCAAGACGCGCCGAACUUCGCUCUGUUCCUACGCGAACUCGACCGCGAGUCGGCUCUCGAACGCUUCUGCGUCGAGAGAAAAGACUUGAAGAGAGAAAGAAGCCCGGUGAACGAUUUACGCAACUCUCAAGCUUCUUGCUCCUGUCUCGUUUCGCAGCGAAUUACCCGAUGCGCAGGGAUGGAAAGCGCAAAUUGUUCUUCGCCAGCACCACACCAGAAAGCAGCACGAGUCUGACGUAGAAAAUCGACUACCUGUCCACGAACCCUCAACCACCUGUCUCGUCUUCCCCUCCACACACAACCACAAAAACCUAGAUGAACAUUUAUACCCAUGCAUCUACAUAUAAAU